CCACCGUGAGCGCGUGAAGACGACGCACACGACAAUUGACCUCUAUUAUUUUGCUAUACCGUAAACCUCACCUACGAAAUACUCUAGAGUCGCGAUCAUGCUCGACAUCAACGACUUCAUCAAGGAGCGCGGCGGCGACGCGGCCAAGAUCCGCCAGAGCCAGGAGAAGCGCCACGCGAGCGUCGAGUUAGUCGAUGAGAUCAUUGAGGACUUUGAGGUGCAUCGGAAGACCCAAUACGCGUCCACCCAAAUCGGCGCCGCCAUCAACCCCCUCCAGAAGCAAAUCGGCCUCAAGAAGAAAGCAAAGGAGGACGCGACGGAACUGCUCGCUGAGAUCGCGAAGCUGAAGGAGGACAAGAAGGCGAAGGAAGAGGAGGCGGCCGAGCUGCUGGAGAAGCUGCUGCGGAAGGUCAAGACGGUCGGGAAUUAUGUGCAUGAGAGCGUGCCGAUCAGCGGAAAUGAGGAUGAUAAUGAGACGAUCAAGCAGUGGGCACCGGAAGGGGUAAAGGUGGAGCAUAAUCCGGAUGUGCUGCCGCAUCAUGGAGUGCUCACGAGGCUGGAUGGAUACGACCCUGAGAGGGGUGUGAAGAUUGUUGGCCAUCGCGGAUACUGCUUGACCGGCUACGGUCUCUUCCUUAACCUCGCGCUCGUCAACUACGGCCUCGAAUUCCUCUUCAACCGCGGCUACACGCCGAACCAACCUCCCUUCUUCAUGCUACGAGACGUCAUGGCGAAGACAGCACAGCUCAGCGACUUUGAUGAAGAGCUCUACAAGGUCACCGAAUCGAAAGACAAGCCGGAUACUGACAAGUACCUCAUUGCGACUUCAGAACAACCGAUCAGCGCUCUACAUUCCGAUGAGUGGUUACAAGAGAAGGAUCUGCCUAUCAAAUAUGCUGGCUACUCGACGAACUUCAGGAAGGAGGCCGGUUCGCAUGGGAAGGAUGCUUGGGGCAUCUUCCGGAUACAUCAGUUCGAGAAGAUCGAACAGUUCCUCUUCACGAAGCCCGAAGAGUCAUGGAAGGCAUACGAGGAGAUGCUCGAAACUUCAGAAGCUUUCUACCAGAGUUUGAAACUACCGUAUCGAGUUGUCAAGAUCGUCUCAGGUGCCCUGAACAACGCCGCCAGCGCCAAGCGCGAUCUCGAGGCAUGGUUCCCCUACACCGGCGAAUACAAAGAACUUGUCUCGAUCAGCAACUGCACCGACUACCAGACCCGAGAACUCGAGAUCCGCUUCGGCCCCAAGAAGCAAACUGGUGGCCGCAAGGAGUACGUCCACGCGCUCAACGGCACCCUGUGCGCUACCGAGCGCACCCUCUGCUGCAUCAUGGAGAACUACCAGACUCCCGAGGGCAUGGUUGUGCCGGAGGUGCUGAGGAAGUAUAUCCCCGGCCAGCCGGAGUUCUUGCCGUUUGUCAAGGAGUUCCGGCCGGAGAAGGUGCCGGUGGUGGUGCCGGAUCGGACGAAGUGAGUAGCUGGCGGCUUCGAGCAUAGCGGGUUAGCGGGUGACGAGAGAGCGUGUUGAGCAGUGGUUUAUGAAGCGGGAUAGAACAAGCGCUUGAAAGGUAGACUUGUCUACUUGGGCGAAUUCAGCAGGAGUUUUGGGGGCGGAACUAACUCACGGACGAGCUUUCGAGUACGAUGACCAGGG